GUUUGCUUCCAUUCUAAAAGGUAGCAAUUUUCAAGUUGUCAGUGCGGGUCGUAUUCACUGACUUUUGAGUCUUAAAGCAAUUUCGGGUUUUGUAUUCAUUUGUUUGGCCUGUAUGAUGAUUUCCGUGAGAGGUUGGUCUUGACUAUGGUUGAACUGAAUUGGAAUACACUACAACUGUUAUGAUAGAGACUUUUACCUUCUCUUCCACGCAAAGUCUCACCUCAAAGUUCAUGUCACAAGGAAAAGCUAGAUAAUUGUGAGAAUUCAGCGAAUGCAUCCAUCUUUUUAAUGUUUCUUCAAGUGAAAAUGACCUUUGGAUUUAGAUUGGCAUUGAUCUUUAGCUUAUGUAGAUGGGUUAAAUCUGCCGCUGAUAUCCCGUUCUUUUGGGGGUGUGGUUGAAAUUGUCAAGCCGCAAUUUUGUUCUGCAUGUGAAUGUCCGAAGAAUGAAGUAAAAAGAUAAUUUCCUGAGAGCUAAUCUCUGCUGCUUGAUUAGUCAAUUCGAUGCUUCACGGACGAACAUUCGACGAAACUUCUUUCGUGUGCCAUAUGCAUCUCUACAGCAUUUAAAUUCCUCUGCAUUGAAUGGUAGAGCUAGACAAAGCAUUAAAGCAUGGUCAGUGGGACAUCUUUAGAUCAAAACUAUGGUGGAAGAAGGCAAAAAUGAGGUUCUGGCGAAUCAGCGGUCCAUUGAGGAUUGGUUGUCACAUGCUCGUGAGCUCGUUCCGGUGGCAUUGGAUAGAGCCAGAGAGGUUAAGGGAUUCCCGGCGCGCUGGAGGAAGAUAAUUUCGAAACUGGAGCAGAUUCCCUCAUGCUUGUCGGACCUGUCGAGCCAUCCUUGCUUCUCAAAGAACGCGCUUUCCAAAGAACAGUUGCAGGCAGUGUCCAGAACUCUUGCAGAAGUAAUCGAGUUGGCCGAGUCGUGUUUGGGUGAGAAGUACGAAGGGAAGCUGAGGAUGCAGAGCGAUCUUGACUCCUUGUCUGGGAAACUAGAUUUGAAUCUCCGGGAUUGCGGUCUCUUGAUCAAGACUGGAGUGCUCGGGGAGGUGUCGGAGCCGGUAUCUGCAAUUCCCAACUCUUUGACCGAAACGGAGGCCGUAACAAGUAGCAAUAUUAAAGAAUUGCUCGCACGGCUUCAGAUUGGUCAUUUGGAGGCAAAACACAGAGCUCUGGAUUGUGUCCUAGAACUUAUGAAGGAGGAUGAGAAGAGCUUAUUCGCCGCACUAGGACGCAGCAACAUCGCUGCACUAAUCCAAAUGCUCACUGCGACAUCUCCUUGUAUCCGCGAAAAAUCCAUCACAGUUAUAUGCUCGAUAAUUGAGUCGGGGAAUUACGAAAAUUGGCUUGUGUCGGAAGGUGUUUUACCCCCUCUGAUUAGGCUUCUCGAGUCUGGAAGCACGGUAGGUAAAGAGAAGGCUGUGAUUUCUGUUCAGAGGUUAUCCAUGUCGGCUGAGACUGCACGUGCCCUUGUGGGCCAUGGAGGGAUCCAGCCGCUGAUCGAGACAUGCCGGACUGGGGAUUCUGUUUUGCAGGCGGCGGCGGCGUGUGCUUUGAAGAACAUCUCGGCUGUACCCGAGGUCCGACAGAGUUUGUCCGAGCAAGGCAUUGUAAAGGUAAUGAUCGAUCUACUUGAUUGUGGAAUUUUACUUGGAACCAAGGAAUACGCGGCGGAAUGCUUGCAGAAUCUCACUGCAGGCAACGAGAAUCUACGAAAGUCCGUAAUUUCGGAAGGGGGGUUCCGGAGUUUGUUGGCUUAUUUGGACUGCCCGUUGCCCCAAGAGUCUGCGGUUUCGGCAUUGAGAAACUUGGUCGGAUCGCUGCCCCCAGAAAAACUAGCAUCUCUCAAUUUCCUCCCUCGGUUGGUCCACGUACUCAAGUACGGAUCGUUAGGUGCCCAGCAAGCGGCCGCAUCGGCCAUUUGUAGGGCGUGCGGAUCCGAGGAGAUGAAGAAACUGGUCGGUGAAGCCGGGUGUAUCCCCCUCCUGAUCAAGCUGCUCGAGGCCAAGCCGCACGGCGCCCGCGAGAUCGCCGCACGAGCCGUUUCCAGCUUGAUAACUGUGCCCCAGAACUGCAAGGAGAUAAAGAAGGACGAUAAGAGCGUGCACAACUUGGUCCAGCUCCUCGACUCGAGCCCUCAGAACACCGCGAAGAAGUACGCGGUCUCGUGCCUGCUGUGCCUCUCGUCGAGCCAGAAGUGCAAGAGGAUGAUGAUCGCUCACGGGGCGAUCGGGUAUCUGAAGAAGCUCGCCGAGAUGGACAUUCCGGGGGCCAAGAGAUUGCUGGAGAGGCUGGAAAUGGGGAAGCUGAGAAGCCUGUUCAGCAGGGACUAGUGAAUUGUGAGCUAAACCUUAUUUAUUAUGGUCCUAAAGUUUCUUUCUUCUUCUUCUUGUUGUUGUUGUAUCAUGUAUGAGCAAUAUCUCAUUGUCCAUGUAGGAUACUAGUUGAUGAGUUCAUGCUGGUGCGUUUCGUUCUUCAUGAGUAAAACUCAAAUGCUAUUUAUGCUAGCCUAGAAUUGCUUUCGUGAUCAUCUUCUGUUAUGAGAAUCUAGAGCUUUAGCUCUUAAUAUUCGAGCAUAAUUGCAAGUUGUAACC